AUGAAGGCUACAAGCUCUGAAACAGGUGCUUCAGGCUCGAUGAUUCCCGAAGAUAUUAAAGAUAGCACUCCUUCGUCAGCAGAAGCUGCGCAUGGAACAGGGCUCGAACACUCUUUGAAGAAAUCUGGGUCCAAGCUAUUCGGUGGAGGGUCAAGAGAAUCGGAAAGCGGUAUUUCGAGGUCAAAUAAUGCGAUAAAACGCUCUAGCACGCCUCACAGAAGUGCUUCGGCCAAGUCGUUAAACCCGCUCAGAAGAAUAUUUCGCAGGUCGCAGUCGCAUCACGAAGCAGCUGCUGGUAUUCCUCUGGGCUCAAGAAGUGGACACGCGUCGCCUCACAACGGGGGCUCCCCAGAGGUGAGGACGCGUGCUCGUGGGUCAUCGUUGAUGCACAAGAACGCACACCACCAGCCAGUGUUGAUACAGUCCAAAUCUUCGUCAGCCUUGAAUAACGCUGUUUCACAUAACGUGAACCCAUUUAUAUCCGUGCGGGGCGCUGACUCCCCAUUCUCCAUGCUAGGCACUGGCACUGACAUUGCAGCUCCUCGACAACCUUCGUCAGCGGUCCCCAACGCGCUGUCACGGAAGUCAUCUUCCAAUAACUCAAACAUGGUUUAUAAUCCCUACGGUACGUUAUCAAAGUCGAAUACGUCUAGUUCGCAACAUGAUAUAUCGUUUUAUUUGCAAGAUGGGAAGGACGAGAUGCCGCUAUUGCCUUUGCCGUUAGAAGACCCCAACGACUAUCUCCCUGAAGGGUUCAAACAAUACAGUAUUCACCUAGCUGACAACUUCGCAUACCCUGAACGAAACUCCGCGGAUGAUAUAGCGUUGGGCUCUGGAGGGUCGAGUGAGGUACGAACGGUACGGUCGCUUUUCCACAAGAAGGAGAUAUAUGCGCUCAAGAAGUUUAAACUUUUGCGUAAGGAAAAACCAGAUCACUUUUACAAAAGAUGUUCGAAAGAGUUUAUCAUUGCGAAGCGCUUAAGCAACAAUUUACACAUUGCCAACACGUAUUAUCUAGUGAAGGUUGCAACUUCGACGUCGAUGACACGUGGAUGGGCGUUUGUUAUGGAGUAUUGCUCUGGUGGUGACUUGUUCUCUGUGAUUUCAAAGCCAGAUUGGAAGAAAAGGCCGUUAAAAGAGAAAUUCAGCUUGUGGAAGCAGGUUGCCGAGGGACUUCUAUACAUGCACCAGCAAGGUGUGGUACAUCGGGACUUGAAGCCAGAGAACGUCUUGAUGUCAAAGGAAGGGGUCGCAAAGCUAACAGAUUUUGGUAUCUCGGACUGGGCUCACGAGGACCCAGAGGAUCUGUCUAGUCCCAUCAAAAUGUUUGAGUGCUACGUUGGGUCGCCUCCUUACUCGCCACCUGAGGUUAUGGUUUUACAGGACAAGAAUGCCGCUAAGCAAGAUAAGAAACCUUACGAUGCACACAAGAUGGACUGUUGGGCACUAGGGAUGCUGAUGUUCACGUUGGUGUACCAAUCCACGCCAUUUUUCGAUGCGUAUCGAACGGAUUCCAAGUUCCGCGCAUAUGUGCUGUCGUACGACAACUUUGUGGACCACAUGAACCCGCAUUUCCGGAAGGCGGGCAACUAUCGUCCGGGCCCAGGCAGCGAGUUCCAGUAUGGGCGUGAGUUCCAUGAUGGGAACGCAUCGCGUGUGGCGUGGCGUCUUGCGGAUCCGAACGCUGAGACGCGUUAUACGAUGCAGUCGCUGGUUGAGGAUCCAUGGUGGGCGACGAUUGACGUUCCAUGCGACAAGGCGGAGACGCCUGUGCCUAAGGCACCCGAGAUCCGUCGCUCCAGUACAGAAAGCGGAGUGCCUUCGCCGAUAGGGUCGUCUUCGGCUAACCGGUCCGAGGAGGACGUGGCACACACGUCGAACCCGUUCCUGACGAAACCGAAGAGCAAGCAAAAGUCGAUGUUGUCGAUUGCGGAGGGGUUGCCCGAUGCGAAGUUGAAGGGAAGUCUAAAGCCAAAGGGCUCGCCCUCGCCCGCAGAACAGUUGCCCACUUUGAGCGAGGAAAAGACUAGAGAGGACGCUGAGCGCGAUGCUGAGCGAGACACCGAAGCCCUACAUGAGAGCAAACCACGUCUCGAGAAAGUGGCAGAGCACGGUGAGGACGCUGAGCUCGGUGACGUUGCUCACGACAACGACAGCGUGCAAAAUACUAAGAGUCAAGUCGAGGCCACCACGGCAGCGCUAGCGACUCUCGUGACCCAAGACCAGGACGAACGGUUCGAGGACGCACACGAUGAGCUGGAAAGCGCGCCGGUCGGUGCGAAGUAA